UGCCUGGGGAACCGAUUACGGGUGAGCAGAGGCAUUUAUCUCCAUGUUAACAAGCAGAUGUCAUGGCACCCCCAGUACCGGAGCUCCAAGUUCCGUCAUGUCUUUGGCAAACCAGCCAGCAAGGAGAACUGCUAUGACUCCGUGCCUAUUACCCGCAGCGUUCACGACAACCACUUCUGUGCCGUGAACCCCCACUUCAUUGCAGUUGUGACUGAGUGUGCUGGUGGAGGGGCCUUCCUCGUCAUCCCCCUGCACCAGACAGGGAAGUUGGACCCCCACUACCCAAAGGUCUGCGGGCACAGAGGGAACGUUCUGGACGUCAAGUGGAACCCUUUUGAUGAUUUUGAGAUCGCCUCCUGUUCUGAAGACGCCACAAUUAAGAUCUGGAGCAUCCCCAAGCAGCUGCUGACCAGGAACCUCACGGCCUGCAGGAAGGAGCUCGUGGGCCACGCGCGCAGAGUGGGCCUGGUGGAGUGGCACCCCACGGCCGCCGACAUCCUCUUCAGUGCCGGCUAUGACUACAAGGUGAUGAUCUGGAACCUGGAUACAAAGGAGUCUGUCAUCACAAGCCCCAUGAGGACAAUUAGCUGUCACCAAGAUGUGAUCCUCUCCAUGUCCUUCAACACCAACGGCAGCCUGCUGGCCACCACCUGCAAAGACCGCAAGAUUCGGGUUAUCGACCCCCGAGCAGGCACCGUCCUCCAGGAGGCCAACUACAAAGGGCACCGGGCCAGCAAGGUGCUGUUUCUGGGGAAUCUGAAGAAGCUGAUGUCCACGGGCACAUCCCGAUGGAACAACCGGCAGGUGGCCCUGUGGGACCAGGAUGACCUCUCUGUGCCUCUGUUGGAGGAGGACCUGGACGGCUCCUCGGGCGUGCUGUUUCCCUUCUAUGACGCAGACACCAGCAUGCUCUACGUGGUGGGGAAGGGAGAUGGCAACAUUCGCUACUACGAGGUGAGCGCCGACAAGCCUCACCUGAGCUACCUGACUGAGUACCGCUCCUAUAACCCACAGAAGGGGAUCGGUGUCAUGCCAAAGAGAGGACUUGACGUGUCCUCCUGUGAGAUCUUCCGCUUCUACAAGCUGAUCACAACCAAAAGCCUCAUCGAGCCCAUCUCCAUGAUUGUGCCCCGGCGGUCGGAAUCCUACCAAGAGGACAUAUACCCUCCAACAGCAGGGGCCCAGCCCUCCCUGACGGCCCAGGAGUGGCUCAGCGGGAUGAAUCAAGACCCAAUCCUGGUGUCACUUAGGCCUGGCUCUGAGCUGCUGAGACCCCACCCACUGCCUGCAGAGAGACCUGUCUUCCAUUCCAUGGCCCCAGCCUCACCCCGGCUCUUGAACCAGGCAGAAAAGCUGGCUGCAGAAGAUGGCUGGAGGUCUUCCUCCCUGUUGGAGGAGAAGACGCCAAGAUGGGCAGCAGAGCACAGGCUGGAGGAGAAGAAAUCCUGGCUGACAAAUGGCUUUGAUGUUUUCGAAUGCCCCCCACCAAAGACAGAAAACGAGUUGCUGCAGAUGUUCUACCGGCAACAGGAGGAGAUCCGAAGGCUCCGGGAGCUGUUGACCCAGCGAGAGGUCCAGGCCAAACAGUUGGAACUGGAGAUCAAAAACUUGCGGAUGGGCUCAGAGCAGCUCUGAGCAGAGACUUCUGCCCUCCUCACCCUCAGGGACACCACUCGGCUCCAUGGGGAGGUUUAGAACCAAACCACAGGUCCCCCUAAGAACAACCACUAUUUCUAUAUUUUUUACCAGAAAACAAAACUCUCCAUCGCUGAAAGAGAUUCCAGUGGGACAUGGUGCCGUUUUUCUAUUUGCCUUCUUGCAGCAACAGUUUCUGAAUUGACUUUGUUUUCAGACGAUGCCUUCUGUUGAAUUCUGUUAUUAAGGGUCCAUGAUGAGCUGUAACUUCUCAAGAGGAAGGAACACAGUAGAAAACUAGAGCUGGAAGGA